UACAAAAAAAAAUGUAAUUUUGCCGAAAGGGAUUUUGAGAUAAAUUUGUAAAAAGUUUUCCGUUUUGUUUAGAAAGUGCUAUGUUUUCAUAUAUUUAAGACCAGUUAACAUCAGAGCAAAUCGAGGAUUAAAGAUUGUAGAUCGUUGAAGGUGUCGUUCAAAAUCGUAACCAAAGAUGUCAGAUAUGAGUGAUGAAGACACCAAUGUAAUCGAUGACAAGAAAGAGGCCCGUGUAAACGAGAUAGCUGCAUCCAGUAUUCGAUCCGGCUUAGCUGAGUUGGAACUAAAGACUUCGCAAGUUUUACAGCGUUUGGAAAGCGUAAAAGCAACUCCCAUGGCAGUUAAUAGUAACGCAAGUCCACACAUUCUAGCUAAUACCACAGCCGAUACUGCAGUAAAUUCAGAAAAAGCCCUUGCUGUAUUACAUGGUGACCGUAAGGCGCCAUCGGAAAUUCUUAAAUCAUUGGAAUUGCUUAUUUCUUAUACCGAAUCGGAUGAUGAUUCAGAAUUUCCUUUGCCGGCUUUGGAUGACGUCUCUCAUUUAGCAUUGAUUUCUCACAGCAUAGUUGCGUAUCUAUCGCACUUAGAUCGCAGCCAAUUAAAGCGAAUAACGGCCAAAAUUGCUGGUGAUACCACGCAUUGGUUAGGAGCUUUAUUUCGUUUUGUUGAUGCCUCCAGUAGCUUUCAUAAUGACAAUACAGAAGCAACUCUACGCACUGUACGAUUAGCAAUAAUUGCUCGUUGUCCGGGCUAUCUUGAGGGCGGUAUACCAGCUCUGGCACAUCCAUGCUUUUAUAUCUCUGAGAAUACAACGCCUGUUCGUUUGCAGUAUGCAUGCCGGCAAUUGGGUAUACCAUUAGAUGCAAUUCGCCUUAUUUCCACCAAUAACACUUUUGGCACAAUGGAUUUGUCGGUAUUGCAAAAACAAAUUCAAAUUGAUUUAGCUGGUCAACGAACGCCCCUUUUAGUGGUAGCUGACAUUGGAGAUUCUUUGUACGGCUAUGUUGAUAAUUUAAUAAGAAUGCGAGACAUUUGCGAUACUUAUAAUAUGUGGCUGCAUGCUACCGGUCAUGGCUUAGCUUCUGUUGCAUGUUCACAAGGGCCGGGAUUGAUAAGCUCUGUGGUAGACUCACUUAUUUUGAAUCUUGGUAGUUGGCUAGGUCUUCCCAGUUUACCAACCGUUUUGAUGCAUCGCCACCAGAAGAACGAUGUGAGUGCUGUUGAAUUUGAUCACAUUUUAUCGAAACGUCUUAAUUCGCUCGCAUUAUGGACAAGUUUACAAGCUUUAGGACGUGAUUCGAUAUCAGGUCGCAUCCACGUUGCAUUCCAGACUUGCAGUAUUUUAUUUGAAAUCACCUCUAAAUGUGAAGGUGUUAGGGUUGUGAGUAGGGCACCAGGUGCACAAUCGAGCACCCCUCUCACGGAGAUUAUUAAUAAACCUUUGGAUAUUAAUCUGCUGUUUGAUGUGGUUUCGCCGGUAGUAGUUUUCCAGUUUGACGGCAGUGUUAAUAUAUCUACAGCCAUGACGUCUGAAAACGACACUAAAGGGCCGGACCUAACAAAAACUUUUGAGAAAAAUAAUAAUGCUUCCUAUUUUGAUCGUUUAAAUUCAUGGUUAGGACAGAUAUUACAACGGGAUUUCCCAAAUUUUAAUUUUGAAGUAGUGGAACACGCUACUCAUGGAAACUGCAUACGCUAUUGUCCUCUUGAAUUGAGAUUAGGGGAACAACCGCCAACUGCUGAGAAUAUUGAACAAUUCGCCGAAAAUUUAGAGUCACAUGUGGAUAUAUUAAGAGCUACAAUAAAACAUAAGGCCACUUUUAUAGAUUUGGUGGAGAAAAAUGAAGUGUUGCGCUUAGUAAAUUUGCCGGAAUGGGCUGGUAUGGGCGGUGUGCGAUUCGUGCCCGAAGGUUGGGAGACUUUACUUACAGAUCAGGCCAAAACUGAGUUGAACAAAUUAAACAUGAACCUAGUUGAGGCUCUUAAGACAACAGAUAAUGCAUUUUCUCUUGGCGAAGGUUCCGACGGCUUAAUUUGUGUGCGAUUCGGUAUGGUAACACAUGAAACUGAUGUUGAAGAACUCUUAGACUUGGUCGUGUCAGUGGGUAAAAACGUUCAAGAAAAUUCUCGUGUACUGGAUACAAUGUCCGAAAUUGUAAAAAAGGGGAUCGAAACGGCUAUAGCCGAUUUAAGACGAGAAACUGAAGAAAAAUUAUGGCAAGAAGGAAUCUUGCGACAUGUCCCAGUUGUGGGUAGAAUGUUUAAUUGGUGGUCGCCGCCUCCCAAAGAAACGGGCGUUAAGGGACGAAGCUUGAACUUGACUCAGGGUGUAGUCGAGUCUACAGAAAAUAUUUACAAGUAUCACAUGCAAAUGUCAGGUCCAGUCAAUCAGUUACCCCCAAAUAAAUCCCCACCCACACCAAUAGUACAGACGUCAAUUAUAUCGUCGACACCAUCAUCAUCCUCGGUAUCAUCUUUACUACCAGGUAACAAAAAAGGUUAUGUCACCACUUCAGCGGCUGUAGACGAAGCUACGGCCGAUAAUACAGAUAUAGAUAAUAGUGCAAUUAGUAACAAUAAUAAUUAUGAUAGUAGUAAUGCAUAAGUAAUGUCUAGUAUUCCUUAUAUAUAAAAAGGUAUUUGCAGAAUUUGAAACUUUAAAUGUUAAAUUUAAAAGAUUUUUUUUUUUUUUUUUUUUGCAUAGGCUUCUAAAACGUUCCCCAUUGUGAAAGAAACGAUUUUAAUUUUUGAUUUAAACAAAACGAUAAGUUCUAAUAUAAAUAUGUAUUGAAAUUGAUUUAAAAACGGAUCUUUAUUUUACGUUUGGUUGACGUGAUAUAUCUCUAGUAUAUCUGUAUACGCACAGAGUUCAUUUAAGUUUUAUUAUCAGCUUGUUAUUUGUAUAUGUAUAUGUUAUAUACGAAACUGUUGCAAAAACGUUAUAAUCAAAUAAGUGCAUGAGAAAGCGACAGAUUAAUUAUAGUAUCGAAGAAAAGAUAUACGCGGAAAAAUUUGUUAAACGGACAGUAAAUUUUGUGUUAUUCAUCUAAGAAUCUAUGUUAGCCUAAAAAUAUAUGCUAAGUAAUAAAUAGCAAUAAAGCUACUGAAAGAUUGGGGCGUUUGCAACGGAACAUAUAAGUUCAACAAAAUUACGCAUAUAUGCAUAUGCAUAUCGAAUCGAAUCAUAUCAUCGAUUGGCAAGUAAUUCAUUCAUUAAGGACUAAUGGAUGCCU